AUGACAUUUAAACAAAAGCAUUUGCGAGCUUCAGCUAUUAGCCUGGUCCUAUUGACCCUGUGCCUGGCCAGCAACUGUGAUGCGGCCACGGAGCAGCUAAACAAUUUGCCGGCAGGCAAUCAAAAUGCCGGCGCACGAACCUUGCUGCGUGUCUACGAUGAAUGCAAUCGGGCUGAGAGCGGAUUUGUGCCAUGCCUGAAGAAGAAGGCCAUUUCCUUUAUAGACCGCAUUGCGCCCAUCGAUGCUAUUAACGUGGCUGACGGCAUUAAGCUAAUGCGUCUCGAGUCGGCGCCACGCCCACCCGCCUAUAGCGAAAACGAAUUGGAAUCCUCCUUGGCUCGCUCCGGCACUGAACGCGAUGCAAAGCUGACAAAUAUGCUAAUUGAACGUCUAAGUUACUUUUUUAAUGGACACUCGCUGCAGAUAAGUUUCCCCAAAUUGACUUCCGAUGAGAUUGGACGCGGCCUCGAGGAAGGUCGCGGCAAGAUGAAGAAAAUGGGAAUGAUGAUGGCCAUGAUGGUUGCAACCAAACUGAUGGGCAUGCUGCCCAUUGCCAUGGGAGCACUCUAUAUAUUGGCGGGCAAGGCGUUAAUUAUCUCCAAGAUUGCUUUACUCUUGGCCGGCAUAAUUGGCCUGAAGAAACUUAUGGCUGGCAAGUCAUCGGGCGGCGGCAGUUCCGGCUGGUCAUCGGGUGGUGGCGGCGGCGGCGGUGGAGGUGGUGGUUGGUCCUCUGGCGGCGGCGGCGGUGGAGGCGGCGGCGGCUGGGACAGACGCUCCUUGACCGAGGCACAGGAGUUGGCCUAUCGCGCUCACAGCCGGCAACAGGCAGCACAGCUGCAGCAGCAGCAA